AUGUCGACAGAGUCGCCGACGCUAAAAAUUCCACGAAGUGAUGGACCAACAUCAAACGAACCAGCAACUGAAGAACCACCAACUGACGAACCACCAACUGAUGAACCAUCAAUUGAAGGACCACCAACUGAAGGUCCACCAACUGAUGAACCACCCAUUGAAGGUCCACCAACUGACGAAAUACCAACGGAAGGUCCACCAACUGAUGAACCACCAACUGAAGGGCCACCAACUGAUGAACCACCAAUUGAAGGUCCGCCAACUGGUGAAAUGCCAACUGAAGGAUCACUAACUGAUAAACCACCCAUUGAAGGUCCACUCACUGAGGAACCAACAACUGAUGAACCGCCCAUUGAAGGUCCAUCAACUGACGAAAUACCAACGGAAGGUCCACCAACUGAUGAACCACCAACUGAAGGGCCACCAACUGAUGAACCGCCCAUUGAAGGUCCACCAACUGACGAAAUACCAACGGAAGGUCCACCAACUGAUGAACCACCAACUGAAGGGCCACCA